AUGUCCAGUCCUCAGGCCCUGGGUUUCGAUCAUCUCUUUCACGGCCCUGCAGAACCGCCAACGCCUUUGUCGUCAUCAGUGAUGCUCGACUCGCCGAGCGAUGUGAGAACACCCUCAAGCGCUGUAAGUAGAAGACUGGGAUAUUUUGAGCUCGACCGACCAGUUCAGACCAUUCACUCCCCUGAUCGGCACCCUCCUUCUAUCCAGCUUCAUGCGCCAUCACUCCCCAGACACCGGCAAGUGCAGAGCAUGUAUGCAUACGUUAUGGAGCCUCUCGAGAUGCACGGACCAACGUCUUUCAAACCGGACAGACCCGAGUGGACUACUACGGGCGAGCGGACACCAUCCCCAUCCUCCCGUGUUCGUCCGCUCCCUCUACCUCCGAUUCGUGAACGACCCACCAGCACGGCAUCCGACGUAUCAUCCGCUCCUUCCCUCAGCAUUUCUGGCUCGUCUGCCAACACGUCGCCGUUACUAUCACCUCAAUCUAGUCCUCAGCCGGCUCGCACUUUCUCUACCCCGAUCGAGUUGCUCCCUUCGCCUUGGUCGUCGCUGGAGGCUCCCGCUCAAUGGCAGCCGUCCCCUCCCCCAUCUCCCGGAGACCUCGGCUCCCCACACACGGCUAAACACUUCCGCGCACUGCCUUUACCGCCCACCGCGGAUCGUCCCGGUCUUGCACGCAGCAAAACGAGCGCGACGACAUGGUCAACAGCUGCUACGGAGGAUGGACCUCGCACCCCCCGUUCAGCUUCGCUAUUUUGGUCUCGAUCUCCCCGCCACGGAGCGCAAGCUCUACAGCGCACUCAAUCAAAUGCUACUGUAUCGUCGGGAUGGACGUCGGGGACACCGCGGCAAGAGCCCGCACAACUUGGACGAGCGCACACAAUACGACGCGAACUGCCGGGCAUACCGCAGCCCGUUCCCGCUACAGCCUCUCUUGCGACUCCGACCUCUUUUGCGGAAGCCCAGCAGGCCGGUCUGGCUCGCAAGCGAACACUUUCUGUGGACGAACGCUCUAUGAGAAGGAGAGGGGUCGCAACUUUCACAGGACUCGCAGCACUACAGGAAUUGCCUCUCAUUGUUGAGCGAGACCUUCCCCCUUUACCACCGGAGUGA